GUUAGUAACAUUUUAGAAAUGUACAAUAUAAUAUUCUCAACCAUUGAAAAUAUUCCAUAUAUAGAUUCAAUAAUAUCCUUAAAUAAAACUUAAUUUAAUUUUAUUCUAGAGAUCAACCAUAUUCAUGGUCAAAGCUAAUGAAAAGAUAAAAGCUGUGUGGUGGUGGAAUUUUUGCCAUGUUAGAGUGUGAUAAAAAAAGAAGCAAAGAUUGAAGUGAAGAUGCCUCUUCUAACACUUUCAACAAACGUUAGCUUUGAUGAUGUAGAUGUAUCUUCCAUACUCUCUCAACUCAACUCUACCAUUGCCAACAUAUUGGGUUACCCUCAAUCUUAUGUGACAGUUUCAUUAGAAGGACCAAUAGCCAUAUCUUUUGGUGGAACUGAGGAAGCAGCUGCUUAUGGUGAAUUUGUGGCUAUUGGUAUUCUCAAUCCAGAGUUGAACAAAAAACUAAGUGCUGAAAUUGCUUUAGUUCUUCACACAUUGUUGGCAGUGCCCAAGUCACGUUUCUUCUUAAAAUUCAAUGACAUUGAGGGUUAUAAUUGUGGAUUGAAUGGUGGUAUCAUGGUGGUCGAAUCCAAAUGAUUGCAUAAUGAAGUGUGUUUGGAUUCUUUACGAAUACAAUUAUUAUAAGAUCUAAAUCCAAAAACACAAUAAAAUAGAUAUGAUGUGUACGAUGAAGACAAUCAAUCAAGUUUGAAUUUAAGACCUCGUGUAUGGUGGUAUUAGAAUUACAUUAACUUGUACCUCACGGGGCACAAGUUAUUUAGGUAAAAAAAUUGUAUGAAGUAGUUGGAUAGACAAAGAUAAGAAGAGUACCUGAAAGUGUGAUUUGAUAAUUUAUAUUUUGUGGUUAAUAAGCUUGCGGGUUUGUGCAAAGCUACCUAAACCUAAUCUUAUAUAUUGUUUAAUCUA